CAGCAACCACCACUCAGCCUGCUUCAAUACAUGAACACACCCUUCUGGCCUUGGUCACUGUACCAGUCUCUCAUUGCUAGGAAAAGACCAGUUCUUUGAACAGAACCUCACAGCUAUGUGAACAAGCAGCAAACAAGCCCUGUAAUGCCUAAUCAGACUCCUCCGACCUUUGGGUUCCUGUUUGACAUUGAUGGAGUGCUUGUUCGGGGACGCUAUGUGAUUCCUGCUGCCCAGGAGGCCUUCCGGAAACUGGUAGACUCUAAUGGGCAGCUCCGGGUGCCGGUAGUCUUUGUGACAAAUGCUGGAAAUUGCUUACAGCAUGUCAAAGCCAAGGAACUCUCCGAUGCUCUGGGAUUGGAGGUGUCUCCAGAACAAGUGAUCCUCUCCCACAGCCCCCUGCAUCUCUUCCAUCAGUUCCAUGAGAAGUGUAUGCUGGUGUCCGGGCAGGGGCCGGUGGAGGAGAAUGCCAGGAAUGUGGGGUUCCGGAAUGUGGUUACCAUGCGGGAUGUGAGGAAGGCAUUUCCCCUGCUGGACAUGGUUGAUCAAAGCCGUAGACCAAAGGAGCUGCCUCCUCUGACUACUGACUUCCCUACCAUAGAAGGGGUGAUUCUGUUUGGGGAGCCGGUCCGGUGGGAGACAAGCCUUCAGCUGAUUAUUGAUGUCCUCCUGAGCAACGGGAACCCUGGGGCAGAGCUGGCAGCAGUGCCAUAUCCCCAUAUACCUGUCCUUGCCUGUAACAUGGAUCUUUUGUGGAUGGCAGAAGCCAAGAUGCCAAGAUUUGGCCAUGGCACCUUUCUUGUCUGCUUGGAGAACAUCUACAAAAAAGUGACUGGCAGGGAGCUGAAGUAUGAGGCCCUAAUCGGCAAACCAAGCAUUGUCACUUACCAGUACGCUGAGUAUCUGAUCAAACAGCAGGUGGAAAGACGAGGGUGGCCAUCUUCCAUCUGCAGGCUCUAUGCUGUUGGGGAUAAUCCAAUGUCUGACAUCUAUGGUGCGAACUUCUACAAUCGCUACCUCAAGGCUGCGUGUCAGGCCCAUGCCCAGGCUGAGGUGAAGAGGAGUGUGGGGGUGGCGGAUCCCCGGAGUGAGGACCAUUCAGAGCCAAAGAAGGAUUGGUACGUCUCAUUGGAGAGUUGCAAGUCAAUUCUGGUCUGCACUGGGGUCUACAGUCCUCAUGGAGAUGUGCCCGCUGACCCACAUGAGAGCGUGGUGGAGACUGUGUUCCACGGGCACCGGGACUUCCGCUUUGACACCAGCCUAGUGGAGGCAUCUUAUGUGGUGCAGGAUGUGAAUGAAGCCGUGGAGCUUGUCUUUGAGAAGGAGAAUUGGAGCCAUGAGUGAAAUGGGAGUGGCAAAAUCUACAGUCAUCAGGAUUGAGGAGGGGAGGGGAGGAUGGGAAUCUUCUAGCCUAACUCGGCCGGUGGUGGUGGGGAAUUCCUAGGGUAUUGUGGGGCCUGAUGCCAAAGGCCUCUUGUCUUAAUAUCAGUUGGUCAGUCUAUUGUUACUAGCAGGAUGACGAUCUUAAUCUGGCCAGGUCCAUGUUUACACACUACUGUUGCUCCUGUGCAUUAAACUGUAAUGGGGACAAGAUUGCCCCCAUGUUUAUGAGGCUCUGCUUGACCAAAGCCCUUUUCCUUUUAAAAUCCCCUCACUGCUUGAGAGGCUUAUCCCUGUUACACACGGGGGAGGGGUGGGGAGCAUCAUAGACCCAUGCAUCAGUUAUGUCCUACACAAAUCUUUAAGUAGGAUGUAAGUGGAGCCUGGCCGCUGUAGCUCCUCUGCCCAGGGUGAAAUUGAUAAUGAAGGGUUAAUGUCUCUUCCAAACGUGCUUUGAUGCCCUGGCCUGCUAAUUACCUGUUUGUCGUGGGCUUGAGAGUGCACAUAGUGUUGUCUUGAUAUAGCUCCUGUGCUCUUACUGGCCUUGUGCUGGAUCAGAAACUUUAUCUCUUGCAUCCUCACCUCUGUUUCAUGGCUCCCUAGCAACAUAAGGGGGGGUAGUUUAGCUCAUAGGAAAACCUGGGCAGCCGCUGCAACUUGGUGCAGUGCCAAAGGUGGAAUUAAAAUCUUCUCAUUGUAACUUAAAUGCAUUCUCUGAUUGCCAAUGGCCCCCUCCUGCUGCCUAAGGGCGAACACAAGUAGUCUUGCUCCAAAGAUGCCAAGGAAUGAGCCUGGGAUUAUAAACUACCAGAGGCAAAGAAGCCGCAGCAGUAUUAGGUUCUGAAGCGCCACUAGGGUCAGUGUGGGCACCAGAAUGGACCCUUGCAUCAUCCAUAAGAGUGAUAAAACCUCCCCUACUGUCUCUCUCUCCCCCCCCCCCCCUCCCCAACCGCACACACACACACUGAUGCUGCUUCCAUGGAGGGGUUCUGGGAGCUAGGGUCAGUAGCUCAAGCCUGCCCUGCAUGGCUGGCUUCUGUGAUAGGUCACUCAUUUACUUUAUUCUCUGAUGUAGCGCUGUUAAAUUGCCCUGUGGGAGAGGAGCCAUAAACAUCAGCCACACCUAGGGCCUGUGGACAUUCCCAGUUUUUGUCACUGGGCUUUUUAAAUGCAGAAGUUUUUUCCUAGAGGUAGUUCGCUCCUCAGGGAUGCCCCUAAACUCUAAUUCUCUUUCCCUUUCCUUCCUCUCCCCAAAUUGCAGUGAAGUGCUCUCCAAAGUAGUCACUGCUACUCCUGGAUGGGCUAGCACAGGGGUCGGGAACCUACGGCAUGCGUACCAAACAUGGCACGCGAACUGAUUUUGAGCGGCACGCAGCUGCCUGCCACGGUCCCGGCCCCCAGCCUAACUCAGCCCCGCCCACCGCUCUCCCCUGCGGGGGCAGGAGGCAGAAGCUUGGUUCUGUGGCAGCCAAGCUUCCCCCCUCCCCCGCUGCUUCCCUCAGCAUGGUGCUUUCCUGCCCCGCCCCCUCUCCUUC